AUGGUCGCCCAGCAUGCUGCAGAAGGAACCCGCGCCCACGGUAUCCGGGCAAUGUCGAUGACUUUGGUCGAUGCCCAGACAGGUCGAAGUCUUCUGGAUCCCAACACCGAGAAGUUUACACUUCUUUCGGCAGCCAUUAAUACUGGUAUAAAGAUUGUUGAAUUAGACGCUGGACGUUAA